UGGCUGCGCCCACAAAAAUAGAAAAAUUUCCGAAAAUUUCCUUAUUAUUUUCCGUUUCUAAAACAAUCUAGGGAAAUUAUGGCAAGUUGGUGGCGUCUACCUUGUAAAACAAGUGAUAUUCGACUCGAUAUAUUACUUGCUUGCGGCCAGUCGUUCAGGUGGAGGGAAAUAUCACCGGCAGUUUGGAGGGGUGUCCUUGUUGGUCGUGUGUGGACUCUCAGGCAAACAGAUGAAGAAAUUCUUUACCAAGUCAAAGGACCAACCAAUGCUGUGAGGUUUGAAAAUGGCUCUGUGGCAGUGCCAAGAGAACCUCUUCCAAUUAAAUCAAAAAGGGGAAAAGAGCUGAAACAAAAAAAUGAAGAUUCAAAAAGUACCGAUAAGGUGAUUGUGAAGCAAGAAUCCAGCCUCAUCAUGAAAGCUGAGAAAGACGAAAAUGUUGAUGAUGCGUCAUCUGUUUUGAACAACUCAAUUUUGCGUGAUUAUUUUCAACUUGAUGUUGACUUGAAAGCAUUAUAUUCCCAGUGGAGUGCUGCUGAUAAAAAUUUUCAACAAGUUGCAUCAGAUUUUCCUGGUGUGCGGAUGCUCAGGCAAGAUCCUGUUGAAAAUUUGUUUUCUUUUAUAUGCUCGUCAAACAAUCACAUAUCUCGCAUAAGCGGAAUGGUGGAAAAACUUUGUCAAAACUAUGGUGAGGAAGUUGCAGAGUUAGAUGGUGUCUCCUAUUAUUCAUUUCCAAACAUUCUGACACUUUCUGGUGAUGGCAUUGAACAGGAGUUACGAAACUUGGGAUUUGGAUAUCGUGCAAAAUUUAUUUCAAAGUCAGCAAAGUAUAUCUGUGAAAACAAAGAUGAUGGCUGGCUCAAUUCUCUGAGAUUGGAACCAUAUGAGGUGGCCAAGCGUGAACUGAUGAAUCUUUGUGGAGUUGGUGCUAAGGUAGCAGACUGUGUGUGCCUGAUGUCUCUUGACAAGACAGGAGCAAUCCCAGUGGACACCCAUGUCUGGCAGAUAGCAAUGCGGGAGUACAUGCCAAAAUUAAGCAAGGCCAAGUCACUUACUGACACUAUCUAUAAGGAGAUAGGGGACUUCUUUCGUGAUCUUUGGGGGGAUUAUGCUGGAUGGGCACAUUCGGUUCUAUUUAGUGCUGACCUCAAGAAAUUUCAAGAUCUGAAAACACCACCAAAGAUCAAGAGAACAAUCAAGGUUAAAGAUGAACUCGUAAAGACGAAGAAAGCCAAGAAGAGAUAAAGGAUGAACUCGGUGCAAAAACAUUUGACAAUAAGGUCUAGGAUGUGCAGAAAACUGACUGGAGUUUAAAAAAACUUGUGGACUCUUACUAAUACUAUGGCUAUCUGUGAAAGGCUUUGUGGGGCUUUAUUUUUGAUAAGUUUGCUAAACCUCUUCACUAGUAUUCUCCAGUGAUGGACAUCAGUUCCUAUGCUUGAAAUAUCUUUGAGCUUGCUGACCAGUGUCACUGAUGAUCAGUACACAAACAAGAUGAAAUGAAGAUAUCAGAUCCUUUUGAAUUUUUUUUAUUUGCAGCCACAAAUAUACAAUUUUAUACACACAGAAUCAUUGUAAAAGUAUAUAGGAAUGCUUUUUUGGCCAAAUUUGUCAAUAAAUA